AGUUUUUCAUGUGUUUUUUUGUGUUAAUUUCUUUCUGUCUCUCGUAGUAUCUCUAAAUCACAGUCUCAGCUGUUGUCACUGUUACCUUCGUUGCACGAAAAACUCUUCCUGUUUCCGUUCAUAUACGGUGGCGUUGUUCUCCUUCAAAAACAAGGUGAUUUCUCUGACCCCGUGCUUGUGUGGAGUUUAUAAGGGAAGCGGAGUCAAAUGCGUUUCAGUUUCCGGUAGCUAGCAUAGUAGACGCAAAUCCAUUUUGUCAAUAAAGUGAGGAGAAUUGUAACUCUUACCCGACUGAGUGGUAUUUUACCGCUGCGUUCCUCUUGGGCACCCUGCACCGACACAGAAGCCUGCCCUGUCAGUUUACAUAAGACACUACGCUUCUGUCAAUCGAAAUCGUGUCCCUGGCACUUCAGUUGUAUUUCUUGGUGUGCUUAUAUAUGGAUGCAUCAGUGCAUUUAUGUACCUUCUUACAUACCAAAACACCGUAUGCAUUGUUGUACAGCAUAUGCUUGAAGAACUUGAAACUGGAGUUUUCCUUUAGGAAUUAAAAGUGAUUAAAAGUGUUCAUAUUCAAGCUCAGAAUUGUUUUCGUACUCUGGCAAACACGGAUGCGUUCAUUCGCGUCUUCUGUCCCAAGCCACCCGUAAGGAAGUGUAUAUCGCAAGAGACUGUUGACGGGAUCAACUGUUCUUCUGCAUACCAGUCCUUUCGUUUUGCCUGGUCACAUUUUUUCACCGACUGUCUUCGGUGUCUUCGUGUUGUUUCCUUGUGCUCAACGCUUGGCAACGUAAUCGGUCGUGCACUGUCUACAACCGGCUUCAAAAGCAUUCCCCAGAUCUGCCCGUGUCUCACUCCCCGAAUCUCACCUUGACCCCAACUCCCCGUCCGCUGCGAUUAUCAUCCUCCGGCUGAACUCCUUUGUGGUAGAUCUCUUGCCGCUAUGCCUGUUACUAAGACUUACCACCUGGCACAGGGAUGUCUGGGCUCGGCUGCCUCCAAAAAACGAACGGAGGAGCCGGAGCCAGGGAGAAAUAGACACGAGUAUACCGCGAAAUCUUUGCGACUCCAGAAGAGCGAUCCAGAAGAUCAAACAACAUUCGUAAAAGGUUAUUCCUCUGAUACGAACCUGAAGUACAGGAACGAGAUCAGUUUAACGCUCCUGGACCGUGGUUCCGAAAGAAAUAUCCUAGCGGUUGAAGAGAACUUCCCAAACAGAGUCUGUGUAUCGGAAGAAUGCAAAGAAUCCCAAGUAGAAUGCGUCCCUUCGAUCCGCUCUCCGACGAACAACCCACCCUUUCAGGCAGGAGAAGCGCGGAAUCUGCCUACGUUACUGUCAAGAGGAUCAUCCCCUGGAUGUGUCAACGUACCGUGCCCACAAGAAGCAAUUGCUCUACCACCUCCGCGUAGCUCCACAAGUCAGAGCAGUGUAGUGUCUCAGCAUCCUAUUUCUCAUGAAGGGGACAGUUCUUUCUCAGAGUGUUCGAGCCCCUGCAAGAAUCUGCAGUUUGUGGUGCUGUCUCUCGACUCUGGUGACUGGCAGUCUCUAGAGGGGCAAGGGUUGGACUCAACAUCUCGAUGCGCACAUCGGACACCGAAUAUCUCUACAAGCCAUGAUGGACAACGUAGUUCAGGCGGACGUACUGACGGAUUCGCAGACGGAUUUCGAACACAGCAACUCACAAACGGUGGUGACAUGCAGGGCGAAUUUGGAGCGGACAACCAUAAGAAGCAAGCUCUGCGUUGGAAGCUGAAAGCCCUCAGCCUUCGUCAAAAGGUUGUCGCUGGAAAUCUUCCCAGCGCAGGUAGACCCGGACUGUCACCUUGUAGUCUGCCUUCCUGUCAGGCGCGCCCGGGAAUUUCUCCUGUGCCAAUCGCUGCGACACCUGCUUCUUCGCGGAGCGGUCCCGCAGUCAAGUAUCCACCGUCCGCCCUCCAGAUAGCACAGUACGACUCAAGUCUCCAACUGUUCGGCGAAGAGCAGGUGUCUGGGGAAACCGCGCAGGUGAAGAAACCCCAGCUUGUGACAGAGACAACAAUUAUGUCAGCUACAGCAAAUGAGAUUAUCCAAGAAAACAACCAAAGUCAGGACUCUGACGACGGAGUAACAGUGCACCAAAGAGAGUGGAUAUCUAUUGACGAAUUGAAAACGCUGCUGAGGGAAAGACUGACGGAACUGGCCAGCAAGGUCGGGUCAGGCUCUCAGAACAAGGCUUCCUUCGAGGGCAGGCAAGGCGAAGCGAGGUUGACGCCCGAGGAACAAGAAGGAAAUAUAGAAGGUGACGGUGUUCGAGAUGGCGGAGCGUACGGUUGCGAGAACAGCCACGGGUCCGACUGGUGUAAUGCUGCACAGAUUCUUCAGGAUAUUUUGAAAUCACGACAAGUUGCAGAUGACGAACUGGAAAGCUACGGAGAGAAGCUUCCUUCUCUGGGCGCCUUGCUCCACGAGGAAGGACUGUGCAAACCGUGUGUGUUUGCGAACAAAGCCAACAAGCAAUGCCUGAACGGUGUGGCAUGCCUGUUCUGCCAUCACUUUCACAAGGAGAAGCGGAAACGAGCCCGAAAAGCGCGUUCACAACAGAAGCAUCAGUCCUCCCCUGGAGGUUUUUCUCCUGUAUCCAUGCUUUAUCCUGACUCUCACCAUUUCGCCCCUCUUUUGCAUCCAGCCACUGCUCACCGAAGCAACGGUCUUUGCAAGCAAAUUCCUGGCAGAUCCCCGAUGACGCCUAUCCUCAGAACUCCUGUUUUUUCCGGUUGUCGAAGCACAGGGGCAAAACUCACACCCAUCGUAGGAAACACUGGAAGUCUUCCGGCACUCCUUCCAGGAGGAGGGGGAUCAGCGCAGUUUAGAGCCACAUGCGGCUCCAUGAACCAGCCACCUCCUCCCCCGCCGCCUCCGCCAGGUUUAGAGAAGCUCGCUGCGACAGAUGUGCAUAACUGGAAGAUGAAGGGGCAGAUCCCCAUCAAUGUCCCGAAAAAAUUUGAUUCAGAGCUGUGUCCAACGCUCCUCACAGGAGGCCGUAGCCUACAAAGCAUUGGGUCGGCUCCGCGUCAGCUUCAUGCGGGAGGAAGACGAGAGGCAACAUCACCGCCAGGUUGCAGCAGUGGUGCCCCCGGUUGCCUGCAGAGCGGAAACUCUCAUGCCAAAAAGUCUACAACAGAGACAAGGCAUUUCUUGGAAAGCAGAAUACCUGAUACAAAUUCCUCCACUCACCGGGCAGCUACUGCCAUUGCCAAGGGAGCAACAAGAGACCCCUCAUAUCAGUUUCCAGUAACGGAUCGAACGCGUAUGAAUAGUAUCCGGGCGCAGCCGAGCCGCAGGGUAAAUCUCCAGCAUAAAAAUCACGACUCAGAGUAUUGUCUUAAGAGGAGUCAAGACAGUGCAGCACUGCGACCACCUGGUGGAAAAGAAGAGGAAGCGUUUGACAACUUAUGGCUACAGGAUCGAAAUUGUUUCGUUUUGAAGGGGAUGCCGAACGAGCCGAAUCUUCCACAGAAUACUGCGAGUGAGGAAGGAUGCAACCAUGAUUCUUUACCGACCAAGAAUGAAUUUGCUACAGAUGGGAACGGCAGCGACAGCCAAGGCGCAGUCUCUUCUCUGCGCAUAGCCGCUGCAGUUCCUUUAGAGAACCAGACAGAGAGUAUGAGUUGGCUGAACGGCAAUGAAAAACAGGAGAGCGAAAGAGUGUGGCCGCAUCCUCCUAUGAUGGGAGAUGGAGAGAAGGCAAUAGACGACCUAGCUAAACGUGCCCUGGGACGACUGAAUCGGGACGAACUUGUUCACUUAAUGGACCUGAUUGCGUGCACAUUAGCAACACAAAGCCUCCCAGUUUCUGCAGGACUCGAAUGGCAUGCCCACCAAGCAGGAGAGCAUUUUGAUACACCCGAGGGAUCCUCUACUCCUAGGAAGCUCGACCCGAUUCUAGCUGAAGCCGGGGGACAAGAAGACGGUGAGAGCGCGUCCACUACAUUCUCCUUUCCUGACGGAUUUGCGCGAUGUUGAGAGUGACUCACAGUAUACAUCACUAGAGAACGAAGAUCGUGUGAAAAAACAAUUAGUGACCCGGUUUAUUUCGGUCCUCUAAGCGAGCUUGUUCUUAUUUCGGGCUGGGCGCUUUACGCGUAUAUCAUAUACAUCCGUUUUCAGAGUCCGGCCUGAAGCCGUCAGCCGGCAGCAUUCCAACGUUUCUGUUCGUGAUGCCACAAGAUGGAGGAAGAGGACCGGCGUCGUCGAGCUCGAGGCUGGGCAAGCUGGCUUACGACGAUGCAGGAGGUGGACGAGGAGCGAGCUCGCCACCAUCUUCUAAGUUGUUUGUUUCCCCAGUCAACGACAGGUCACGGAUGGCAGAUCAACGAAAACCUGCACCCGAACAAUCGUCCAAUCACGAUUCGGAAUGCUGUUGCCUACGCUGUCUGAGUGAGAAGACGCUGAUGAUGGCACAGCUCUGCAGGCCUGCACCUGUAACCCUGUCUGUAACAGAGAGGAACCUAUUUGGAGAUAAUGGCAGAGACGUCGUUGAAUGGGAGGGUUCAUGCGGAUUUUUUUCUGGAAAUGCAUCGACUAGGCCAUCUCUGCAGUUCUCCCCUCACCGUGUCAUCGAUGCCCCAACAGCCAAUGACGAUAUGAGAGAUUGCAGAGCAGCCCCUGAAGACGGGACAGCGUCUUGGAUACGUGAAAACAAACUCGAUUUUUUUCCCGAUGAUUUCCCUGUGUAGUGGGCAGGUCAGUUUAUGCAGUAGUGACAGCACUGUUCAUUGCUCCGGUCCUUGGCUUCUUGCUUUCGUAGGGUUGCAGCACCAGUGUGUCAGAAAACGAGAAAGUAUCGCAAAUGCAAGUUUAGCAGGGAAUUCGGCAUCUCUACGCUGUCUCGGACAACAGCAAA